AUGCCUCUCGUCAUCCCUGGAAUCACUGGCAACUCUAGUGACAAGACGGAGCAAUGGACCAACAAGCUGGUCGGCAAGAAGCUCUCGGAUUCGUCCAGCAACGAGAUUAACUUCUGCAAGAAGGACUUGCCUCAAGAGUGCCGUGUCAUCGAGCCGGGCCAGAUGGUCACCAAGGACUUCAACGAGAACAGACUCAACGUUCACCUGAAGGAGGACGGAACCGUCAGCCACGUCCAGCACGGCUGA